GAUAUAAAAGGUAAUGCACGGAUUGAAAAAUAUUUUUGGAGUUCAGCUUGCAGUACUUCAAGCUCAAGAAUGGACAGAAAGCACGGAAAAUAUGUGGUGAAUAUUGAACACCCUGAAAACCCGGCACCAGUCAUGUGUUCAAAUGACCAAGAGGCCCAUAGCUCUGCAUGCUGGCGUCCACCUUCAAGUGACGUAACUUGUGAUGUCCCUUCCAACUUUACUGGGGUCUGUGUGAACCCAAGAGUUGUUGCACAAUCAGGAUGCCACACACAGGUGAAAGAAAAUUGCUGCAAUAACUGGUCUCUGUGGAAAGUCUUUCUGGCUUGUCUCUUAGCCUGUGUGAUAACGACAGCAAUUGGGGUACUCAUAGUAAGCCUGGUGAAUAGUAGGGGAAAUGACAAAACUUCCGUUGUUAUCCAGCUACCCUCCAAUGACGGGCAGCCUAUAGUUAUUAUUCCUGGAACCACCUCUUCUACUUCUCAACCUACAGUGACCACCAGUUCAACUGAACCGACAGCUACAACCACUUCAGCAGAAUCUACUACCUCUGCCUUGCCCACUGAACCUACAUCUGAAACAGGCACACCCGUCACUCCCACUGAACCUAUGCCCGAGACAGACACCACCGAAACAGACACCACCGUCACUCCCCCUGAACCUACGCCCGACACGGACACCACCGUCACUCCCGAUGACCCUACGCCCGACACGGACACCACCGUCACUCCCGAUGACCCUACGCCCGACACGGACACCACCGUCACUCCCGAUGACCCUACGCCCGACACGGACACCACCGUCACUCCCGAUGACCCUACGCCCGACACGGACACCACCGUCACUCCCGAUGACCCUACGCCCGACACGGACACAACCGUCACUCCCGCUGGGCCUAUGCCAGAGACAGGCGCAACCAUCACUGACGCUGGAUCUAUAGCCUCCACAACUUGA